AUGAAUGUCAAUGGUCAAGAGGCUUUCAACUUCAUCGCUGAAGCAAUGACGCCGGAUUCUCAGGAGGAACUAGCAAGCUUUGUUAAGAUAGGUAGAGUACCUUCCAGCCGUGGCUAUGUGAAAGGUGCUAUGUACCAUGUCACCAAGCACGCCGUUGUCAGACUGACCAAGCGCGCGGCAAUAGAGGGAGCAUCUCGAAACAUUCGGUUCAAUGCCGUUUUGUCGUGGAUUCCCUUUCUCGGUUGA